GAUCUUCGAGGGUGAGGUUGGGAGUGGAACUUCUGAAUAACAGCUUCAUGCCAUUACCUCCAUAUGUGUGGCUUCCAUCAUAAAAAAAAGGGCAAUCGAUCAAAUAUAAGAAAGCGUGUAUUGGAACCGAAUCCUUUAAAUGAAAUUGACCUUGAGGGUGAGGACAGCGCCCCAAAAGUCCGUAGUAUUUUGGAAGAUGCCAAAAAAAGAAAAACAAAAUUAGCUUCCUCCGGAGUGAAUGCUCUAAAUUUAAUAGAAGGAAAGAAAAAAGAAAAGAAGAUUUCCGUGAAUGAUUCAAAUUCUGAAGUACCUGCUAAUGGAGAUACGACACAGGAUUCAGCUUUAAUUAAUGCUAUACUGCCUACUGUAGAGGAUCGCUUUGCGAAACCGACAAACGAGAUAGAUGUCAAUCAACACUUGUUGUCCUACAUUGAAUCUAAAAUUAAUUUUGAUAAGCAAAGUUCGCAUCCCUCUACAGAGCAUGAAAACAAUGCAGAGGUUAUUCCCAAAAGGGACGCUGGUCACGAGAAAGCUCCAACAAUUGUAUCUGAUUUGCCUAACAAGGUGCAAAAUAAUUCAAUAGCGUCGGAUGCUAUUCCGGAGGUGGACGUUGGAAUCACAAGCACAGAAUUGGAAUCUUCAAAAAAUUCAGCAUCUAAACGGAAACGUAAAGGGUUAAAUAAAACGAAUCCUACAUCUACUAGAUCUUCAGCAGAUCUAGCAAGAGAUCGUUUAAUAGAGGAUAUGUUGAAAUCGUCAACGAGUUCUGCAAAAUUGGAAGACGAAUCAUAUCGCCGUUUUAGGUCAAAAUGAUGCUCGCUAGAUGGAAGCUCUUGGUUAACGCUUUCUAAACGGUCAUUUAUUAUUCUAAACAAUAUAAUCUACAUUUUCGUUGGGUGAAUAGCUAUGUAGUAAUACGUUGUGUCAUAAAUUACAUUUGUUCGUUAUCCCUUGGAUUGGCAGCAACAGGUGGAGGAGGGACUGAAUUGGAGGCAUUAGCAUCCAUGACGGGAUUACGGGCCUUGUGAUCCAACUGUUUACUGAGCAAUUCUUCUUCUUCAAGAUAGUUUUGGAUUGUAGAAUCUUGUAUAGCAUUGCGACCGUGCUUUUUAUGUCUGUGAUAAUGAGGAAUGGGCAUUUCUCCAUCUAAGUUAGCCGUUGGGGAUGAAAACUCUUGGGGGACUAGAGGAGAGGGAAUGCUAUUUAGUGAUUUCUCAUUGUUUGUUACAGAUUCGGAGUAGUCUGUGGGUGGUAGUAAAGGAUUUGAAAAGGCCACGUCGCCUGGUUGAGGAGGAGGUCCUGAGAGAGAUGCCGGUAGACGAUGUAAUGCACCAUGCCCGACACCACAGCCAAUGGCUCCAUCACCUCCCCAGUUUCUUUUUGGGACAAUAGUAAUUUGGCGAGUGUUGUCUUGAUACUGAUUGUAUAUGUAAAGACGUAAAGGUCGAUUAAGAUGCUAAUGAAGUUAGUUUCGUAAUGUAGCGUCGGUGACAUACCGUUUCAAUUAAGUCAGCCAGCGCCUUUUCGCCGGUCAUCAUUCCUUCAGGAGUGCCUACGAUAUAAUCUUGGUAAGGAAUCACUUUUGCAAGAGCAAUAGGGGAAUUUUCAAUUACAUUAAGAAUGUGCCACACAGCAUCAAUUGCUGAGUGAAUUGAUGCCCACUGAAGCGUCAUCCCUAGUUUGUCUGCUUGUGUUAGCUCAAUCUAGUGAUGAUUAUACAUGUUGAUGAUUUAAACAUGAAGUGGAUACAUACCUUGCUCUGCAUUUGAAACAUUAAUUUUAACUUUUCUGGCUAUUUGUCCUUUUAAUGAGAAAACCUCGAGGGUUAUUUCAGGAGAUGAAUCCCGUAAUAAAGAACGAAACAUUAACGGAUCCCCAUUCUGUGUGUUAAUUGUUAUGAAAAUUAUUCUUUUCUUACCAGCAAAAUUCCAUUUAUAGCUGUAAUGAAGUCAUAAUACGAUUCAAUUCCUGCAUUAGCAGCUAGAGAGUUCUCUUGGAUCUUUAGGACCCGAAAUCCAUACUCUUCUGCGGAAUCAUGGUGAAUUCCUGUUAUUGAUUCAGAAGUUUCUUUCAAAAAGUUUUUCAAACCACCAAACAUUAUAGUAUUAUUCCUUAUUCGGAGGAAGUAUACGAUGACUUGGCAAGACGGUG